UCUCAUUACCCCAGCUUUUCCCCCUCCUCAUUGACCUCAAACCAUGGCGACGCGCGAGCGAACGAGUAAUACCUGCUUACGAUGCGCUGAGAUCAAACAGCGCUGUAAAGGUGGUGUGCCGUGCGAUCGGUGUAGUAGACUGAGCCUACCUUGUCGUCCGAAGGGCUAUUCGGGUUCGUUUUCUGGAGACUUUGGGUUUGAUGGUGGCGAUGGAAUUUCGCUUGGGCAGCCAAAGGCGAAGAUACGCAGGGUACAGACUGGCUGCCUGACUUGCAAGCGGCGUAAGAAGAAGUGCGACGAGCGGAAACCGAGUUGUGGCGACUGCAGGAGGCUUUGCUUGGACUGUUCGUGGCCGACAGAGAGAGCAAGUAGACCAAGGCUCAACAGCUGGACCAACGAGUCAUGGCUCAGCGCAGAACAAGUCCUCGACUUAUCAUCAGAGACAUCGCCAAGCCCGAAUCCUUCACCAGGCUCAGUACAGUCAAAUGUCGACUUGAGUAUCGCUGACUUGCUAUGCCAAAUGUCAACGGCUGUCCCUGUGGAUGGCGCUGACGUUGACAUGGUAGCGCCAUUGCCAGAAUUAUCCUGGGACUUGACAACUGACUCGGGCUGGUUGGACAUUCUCCCGGAAACACCUCCCGUGGCUGAAGACUCACCUGAAAGUCUGCCGAAUACGACGCUCACUCUGUAUACGCCAAGUCUGAUACCGGACAUGACGUCUCCUCACGACAAGGCCCUACUGAAUCACUAUUCCACUAUCGUCGCUUCGGUACUGUCAAGACAUCCGAAUACAUCCUCCAACCCUUACCUCAGUUAUCUUGUACCGAUGGCCGUAUCGAAUCAGCUCAUCCUGCAUUGCGUCCUCGCUUUGAGUGCAACCCAUUGGCAGAAGCUUCAGCCGGAUAUGCGAGACAGGGCAUUAUACCACAAAGGUCAAGCAACGCAGUCAUUGGCCGGCCUUCUCCCUCACGUCGAUGGGGGCUCAGUGGAUGUCGCGCUAGUAUCCUGUCUGCUUCUGUGCAUGUCUGAGCUGUUCGAUGGUACCUCAGCAGGAUGGAAACUUCACCUUCAGGGAGCAAAGCGACUGCUUUCAACUGCCAAGUCUCAAACCAGCGGUAACCUGGCAGGUCACUUCAAGUUCUUCGUUAAGCUGGCACGCUUCUUGGAUAGUGCAGCGACCACAAGCACCUGCAAACCUCCUCUGAUCGACGACAAAACUGUGACUACUACACCUGAGCCAACCGAAGAUUCUAGCAACGAUGAUGCAGCAGUUUAUGGAAUACCGAAGGAACUGUUCCAUAUGGUCGACCGUGUGAACAACUUGGCUAGCAAAAGAGGCACAAGAGUUGAUGAGGCUUCAGAGGCGCUAUUCCGCGAAGAGGCUGAAAUGGUUCAAGGCCGACUGGACAACUGGGCUUACGAUUAUGGUGGACUUGCAGGUGCCGUCGCAUCUCUGUCACCAACAAAUGACGACGUCCUCCAUGCAACGACUGCAUAUGAAUGGGCACUCCGACUUCGGCUUCACCAAAUCACAGAAGGAUACUCUCUGACCGAGAAGGUAUUCGAGUGUGUCCAGCACAUCCUCGACUCCGCGCAAAAGAUCCGUUAUGGUAGUCCUCUCGAGAGUUGUUUACUGUUUCCUUUGGUGAUGGCAGGGGGUGCAUGUAAUUGUCUUGAGCAGAGGAUGGUGGUGCAAGAUAGGUUGAUGAUUAUGGAGCGGACCUGUGGAUUUGGAUAUGUGCAUCAGAGUCGUGAAUUGGUUGAAACUGUUUGGAAGAGAAGAGAGACAGAGACCAUGGUUAAUUGGGCUAGGAUUCGGUAUGAGGAGAUGGGAGGUUUAGCACUCUACUGAUAAUACAUGCAUAAGAUUGCGAACCAACAGUAAAGGUGCUUGUGAAAUAAUUAAACGAAAUGCUAUGGAAUGAUUGGAC